AUGAAGGCGUUGCUUCGGAUAACAAUAUGGGUUUGUUUGACUGUCAUGAUCAUGCCAGCAUUGGUGUGCCCAUCGGUAAUAGAAGAACCAAAGACACUCCGUUACAAUACAGUAACCUUCAACUUUGAAGAUGCCACCGAAGAUAGCUACUCGGAUUUUGUGAAGUCCCUGCGAAAUGCAGUCAAAAGCAAGGAGGCGUUUGGAUUACCAGUGACAGCAAAAACAGUACCAGAUUCCAAACGAUUUGUUUUAGUUGAUCUCAAAACCGAGAGCGACAAGACCAUCACAUUAGCAAUAGAUGUCACUAAUAUGUAUGUGGUGGGUUAUCGCGAUGAAUAUAACGGGAAAGUUCGCGCCACUUUCCUUGCUGAUGCUUCUGACUUUGCAAAAAAGAAUCUUUUUACAGAAGCAAAAGAAGUUAGAGUAACUAAAUUCACAGGCGGCUAUCCAGAUCUUGAACGCUAUGCCAAAACCGGAAGAGAGAACAUUGAAUUGGGAGUUUACAAACUAGAGCAAGCCAUCGAGUCGGUCUAUGGGAAAUCGGUCGGGGAGCAGAUUGAAGCUAAAUUUUUCAUUGUUUCCAUCCAAAUGGUUUCAGAGGCAGCAAGGUUCCAAUAUCUACUGAAUAAGGUACUUGAAGGAGGCAUAUACGGAAGUUAUAAACCAGAUCCCAAAGCAAUUUCCUUGGAGAACAAUUGGGAUAAGAUCUCUAAAGCUAUUCAAACUGCUAAUGCUUCAGGAAAUUUUGUCUCACCAAAUAAUUCAGUUAGUUUAAAGGAUGCAAAGGGCAACACAUGGGUAGUUACGCAAGUGAGUCAAAUAAAGAACGACAUGGGACUUUUGAAGUUCUUGGAGACUUCAGCAGGCCAAGCAUCUCAGUCUUUUAUAGGCAAGAAUCAGCUUGAAUCUCUCCUCUGUAAUGUCACUGUUCACACUGGAUCCACGAUUCAAGGAAAAGAAUCUACCUUUGAUUAG